AUGCCUGAGGAACUUCAUGAAGUGGCGGGGCAGACACUCUCCAUGCCAUGGCAGUACCCUCCUGAGGGAGGGCCCUAUGAGAGAACUUGGUGUCAGCAGACAUCUCCAAAUGGUACCAGAUUAGUCCUCAGCUCCAAGCCCUGGACAGCAGCUCAGCACUCUUGACACAUGAUCUGGGUCAUGCUGGAUGCUAGCUUCUUCAUCAUCACCAUGAUUCAGCUGAAGGAGGAGGACUUGGGGCCCUAAUGGUGUGGAAACUACAACUCUUCCAGGAACUUGGUCACUAUUCUCAGAAACAUCAGCCUGGUGGUGUCUCCAGAUGAGCUCCUUUCUUGA